GACAUCAACAUCCUCUUUCAGAUUGUCAGCGACGCCCAACAAUCGCAAAAUCCUCCAUUCAGAGCGCUUUUCGCUGCUUACGACAAAGUUCUCGCAGACCAUGAUAUCCCCCAGGAACAUGACCAGCGCAUCUUCCGCUAUCUCUUGCGAUUGGGCGAAGGUCGCUCUCACAGUUCCCGAUCCUUGAUGUACAAGUUGCGCCAACUGCUCGCCAAAUUAGACAUUCACAUCGUUGUACAGGACGAACAAGAUGCUGGAGAAGACGGGGAAGUUAACUUGUCUCCGGACAAUGUCAGACAGACGCAAGAGAUAGUGCCUAGCAGCGCGACAAGAAGCCGCAGGGCAAGCUUCAACGAUACCAGACUGGAUGAGAGUUGGGUUAGUGGUGGAAGGCUUGAUGCUGUCCGCUCUGGACAUAGCCCCCAUACUUCGCUGGACGACUUGUCGCGUAUGCGAAGAUCUUCGACCAAUAGGCCGCCUGUCACGAACGGGGCAUCAAUUCGAGGCAGAGUCGCUAUGCAAAAUCAGGCUCAGAUACGCAGAAGUCAUUCUGUGUCAACUCAAGGCAGUAUUAGAGCCACUCGCCCGCCAACUCCCGAACCCUGGCCUCGUCACCAACCUUCAAUCGAUUAUCAAAAUGUUUUGACAGACGACGAGACCGAGUCCGAUAUUCCCAGCUCUCCACCAGUCUUGCCAUCCAAUCACCAAUUUGCACCUCAACACAUUGAACCUAUCGAAGCUGAGCUCACCUACGAAGCCGAAGCGUUUUUUCACACUUCGCAAAUCAAGACAGCGCGCCGAUGCCUUCAUCAGCUAUCUCUGGAAUCCUCCCACCUCCAGCAUAUGGCUCGAAUUGCUCAGAAUCACGACCAGCGUCUACUCAAAACCCAAGCUUUCAGCAUCUGGGCCGCAAAGCUACUGGACAAACGUCAGGCUGCCGAAACGGAACAAUUCUUCGAGCAAUACGAACGCAGGGCUACUCGUGCACGAGACCUCUUUUUACUGAACAAAGCAUUCACACAUUGGGCUCAGUCUACAAGCGACGAGGUUGCCAGAACAUCUGUUGCUAGGAGACACAUUCUGCGCACUCGCUACUUCAACGCCUGGCGUGAUAUCACAGCCGUAAACGAUCUCAAGUGUCGUCGUUUGGGUCUUCGCAAGUGGUUCUCUGUCUGGAGAACAAACGCUGCCCGCAAAGCCGUAGACAAUGAGCGUGCUGUUGCUGUUUACGAAGAAAAUCUUGUUCAGAGGACAUGGUGGAAGUGGUUCUGGGCUUUCUGUGAGCGAAAGGCUCCAGUGUGGCAUGAUCAUCGUGCCAAACAGUCUUGUCUGCAUAGCUUGGCUGGUGCUGUGACACGUCUUCGGCAGCAUCAAGCUGCUGCCUCACGGAUGCGGAACACCAAUCUUCUCAAAAAGACUUUCGGUGCUUUGGUCGCUCGCCAGACUGCUAUCCUCUCAUUGCAUAGAAGUGCUGAGGAGCUCCACAGAACAAAUGCGGUGAACAACUGCUUUCACCAUCUGGUACAAGAAUCUAAACUGGGGCAUGCUUCCAAAGAGAUGUCUACUGUCGUGUCGAGACGACUGCUUACUACGGCUGUCUCUGUCUGGCAACUUAACACUCAACUCUCUCAACAAGCGACCGCUGCAGAUCGGCGACGCAUCCUGCAGAAUGCAUGGACGAAUUGGAACGAUAACCUGCGAGCUCGUGCACUCGUCGCGAAGAUCGAUGACAGAGUCGUACUUGAGAACCUCUACAAGUGGGUCUUACAGUCUCGACUUGCACUCUUCCGACGUGUCACAGACAGCAGAUUGCAAGAACGUGCGCUGCAGACUUUGAGCUUGAGAUUGACAGAGCAGCGCUUCCGUCUCGAAGAGGCGGCAAUGAUCUUCAAGGAACACAAGCGUAGGCGUAUGUUGGCUUCCGUGAUGUUGAGAUUCCAUGGCAUCUCACGAGCAGAAGAGAUAAUGGAACGACAAGCACUUGAGUUCAGGAACACCCAUCUUAUGAAUGCUGUGUUGCCAGUCUGGUUGCAACGAACGAAGCAUUUGAUGAAGCUGGACCGUUGGUCAAAUGAUGCGAGAUAUUAUUGUCUAGCCAGCGGCACCAUCAAAAAGUGGAAGGACGAAACAUCACAAGCACAGCGUAACAAACGUAGAGAUGCCUACGUUCAGAUUCGAAGUCGUGUCAAGUCACGCAUGGUCCGCAAUUGUUUUGCUGCCUGGAGGGAAAGAGCCACUGUAGUCACGCAACUUGACUCCACUGCUGUCGAGCAUGUCAAUAAUCGGCAUGUCAACGCUGGCACCGCGAUCUUCAACUCGUGGCGUGGAAAGACUCGCCAAAAUAAUCAGCUCUCGAUUCAGGCUGAAGAGUUUUCUGCGCGCCUACUCUUCCUCCGCACGAUUGCCAUCCUGGUAUCGAAGGGACAAGAGGUCUUGCUCCAUCACACGCAAGCUCUAACGCUGUGCUCUCAGACUAUCGAUCUACUUGCAACCGGCACACUCAAAAGACUCAAAUGGGCACUCUUUUGCCAUCGACGCAAUCUAGAUUCGGCAGCAGCACUUGAACAGCGCAAUUCUCAACAGCAUCGUAGGAACAUGUUAAGGUACUGGGCUGAACAAGCUUCGAGACGAAGGGCUGCCAGGACUUUGCCC